GGGAAGGCGAUCCCAGACCCAGACAGCUUCGCUGCUGUAGCUCCAGCAUGGCGGCGGCCGUACGAGUUGCAGGCUGUUUCCCUGCACUGUGUAGCUUACCGGCAGGUCACUUCCUGUUGAGGCAGCUCUCUCUAAACACCUUCCCAGCAGCAGCUUCUUCCGUUCUGGCAGCGAAGAUCGCUCUCAGUCACGGCGCUUUGUCACCCAGGGGAAUAGAAACCAACCAUUGUCUGGCCAGCUUGAGCCAUGCGCUGCAGACACAGUGCUGUGUUUCCUCUCCCAUCACCUGGACGGGCCAGCAGAGCAGGCCCUACAGCUUCUUCACCAAACUGACCGCAGAUGAACUCUGGAAGGGUGCCUUAGCAGAGACUGGCGCCGGAGCAAGAAAAGGCAGAGGCAAAAGGACAAAGAGGAAGAGGAAAAAGGAUUUGAACAGGGGCCAGAUCAUCGGGGAAGGACGUUCUGGUUUCCUGUGGCCUGGUCUGAAUGUCCCUCUUAUGAAGAGUGGAGUGGUCCAGACCAUUGGCCAGAGAAGCAGAGAAGAGCAGGAGAAGGUGGAGGCCGACAUGACCCAACAGAGAGAAGAGUGGGAACGGAGGAGGAAGGUCAAAGUUAAACGGGAGCGCGGAUGGAGUGGAAACACAUGGGGAGGUGUCAGUAUUGGCCCCCCAGACCCGGGACCCAAUGGAGAAACAUACGAAGACUUUGACACCAGGGUUCUUGAGGUGAGAAAUGUUUUCAAUAUGACAGCAAAAGAGGGAAGAAAGAAGUCGGUCCGUGUGCUGGUUGCUGUGGGGAAUGGAAAUGGGGCCGCAGGUUUUGCUAUUGGGAAAGCUGCUGACCGGGCAGAUGCUUUCAGAAAGGCAAAGAACAGAGCAAUUCAUUAUUUGCAUUAUAUAGAACUGUAUGAAGGCCAUACAAUAUUCCAUGAUAUUUCAUUAAGAUUUAAAAGGACGCAGAUCAGGAUGAAGAAACAACCCAGAGGUUAUGGCCUCCGCUGCCACAGAGCCAUUAUCACCAUCUGCCGCCUCAUUGGCAUCAAGGACAUGUAUGCGAGGGUCACGGGGUCUAAGAACAUGAUCAACCUCACCCGGGGCCUCUUCCAUGGGCUUGCUCGCCAGGAAACCCACCAACAUCUGGCUGAUAAGAAGGGUCUCCAUGUGGUGGAGUUCCGGGAGGAGUGUGGCCCUCUGCCUAUUGUAGUGGCCUCCCCACAGGGGGCCUUGAGUAAGGAGCCAGAGCCCGAGCCUGAGGUCCCUGACACCAAACUGGACUGGCAAGAAGUAAAGGCCAUGCAGGGAAUGAAGCGCUCAGUGUGGUCUGGGCUAAAGAGGUCUGCCACCUGAAGGUCCCCAGCCUGUCCAGCAGCCUGGGGCUGGCCAGCGCCUGAACAGACUCUAUCCUACCCCUGAUGGGCUGCUGCCUUUUCUUCUUCUUCUUCUUCUUUUUUUUUUUUUAAAGGAAAGUCCUACCUUCUUUGUUUUCAAAUAAAUAAUUGUAGAUUUUAUUUAUUGAGCACAUGGUAUAUAGCAGUCAGUGUGAUGAGACUGUUAUGGGCAAAUACCAGGAGCAACUCAUUCAUUUAAACUAGUAAGUGUGAGUGAGAUUGGAGACAGCCAGUAGACCCAGGCAGUAGUAAUAUGCACAGCGAUCAUUGCUGUGAUAAUUAUAGGUGAUUAUAUACUGAGUCAUCCAAAAGUGAAUGUUUUCUUUGAGGACUUCCCCUCAAUCUUUGGUCUUUAGCAGUUUCACUGUGAUGUGCCUGGCUGUGGGUCUUUGGAUGCUAUUUCUGCUUGGUGAUCUCUGAACUUUCUGGACCUUUGAUGUCCAAUAGUAACUGGGAGAAGAUGUUGCCACCUCAGGACCCCGUUAGUUUUCUUGUUUCAUAGUUCGUAGAUUCAUCCUCCCCUCCUCUUUCCUGCUUUGUAAGUUUCUCUUGAUGUGUCCUCCAUGUUUGGUCCAGCAAUAAGCCCAUUUAAUGAUGCUCUGUUUCUCUUGCAGCAUUUGGGUGUUAUGGUUUGUUCGUUCAUAUUCUGAGACAGGGCGCAGUGGUUAUAAUGAGAAUAGUCCCCAUAGGCUCAUAUGUUUGAGUGCUUGGUCCCCUUAGUGGAACUAUUUGGGAAGGAUUGGGACGUGUGACCUUGUUGGAAGAGGUGUGUCACUGGGGUCGGCUCUGAGGUUUCAAGAACCCACACCAGGCCCCGCCUUUAUCUCUGAUGCCUGUGGAUUAGGAUGUAAGCUUUCAGCCCCAUACCUGCCAGCCUAAUGCCAUGCUUCCCGCCAUGGUGAUAAUGAACUAACCCUUGGAAACUAACCAGUCCCACAAUUGAAUGGUUUGUUUGUUUGUUCUUGGUCAUGGUGUCUCUUUACAGCCAUAGGGCAGUAACUGAGACACAGUAUCUCAUGUACUCCAGGUUGGCCUCUUGACUCUCUCCAUGUGGCCAGAACUGGCCUGAUCUUCCUGCUAAGUGUUGCCCCACUUAGUAUCAUACUUCUUUCUCUUUCCUCUUGUGGUACCAGAGAUAGAGCCCAGGGCUGUGAACCAGCCAGGUGAGUGUUCUGCCACUGAAGGACGCCCCUGGUGUGUUCCCACCGGUUCCUCCCAGCGUGGUUCUGAUUCUCCCGUAGAAUCUCCCUCUGUGUACAUUGCCAUCUGUUCUUUGAUGUUAUUUUCCCAUAGCAGAGUAAUCUUAGUUGUGUUAGACAUUUCUGGGCUGGUGACUGACAUCCGUCCCUGCUGUGUCUCAGCCCCGCUUUGGUCAGACGGUGCCUUUGCUUUCGGUGUAACUUGUCCCCUGUCGCUGGGAGCUGGAGGUGAUAUCCUAGGCAAGGAGCCGAGGGGUGAGGUGUGGAGGGUGGGAAGUUUUCUGUGGUCCUGUGGCUAUACCUCAGUCUUCUGGUGAGUCUGUUGCUGGGCACUUCUUGGUUCUACCCCAUAGGAACUGGAGUAUUUCCCUUCCCCUGGGCCACAGGGUCUGAUAAACCAACAGUAGAUUAGUGUACCAAAGUAGUUUCUCUUCACCUAGCAUGUUCAAGGCCCUGGGUUCAGUCCCCUGCAUAUACAUACAUGCCCCCAAAGGAAAUUUUUUCUGGAGUUACAUUAUUCAAGGCUACAGAUAAAAGCUAAUUAUUUUGAAAGAAAUACCUUUAAAUAAGAUACAUUGAGAACAUCUACUUUUUUCUUUUUAAUAGAAUCCACAAGAAAAUUGGGAGUGGUGUGUGGAACGUCAAAGAAAUUUAUACUCUCCUGUUGAGCUGUGACCCCAGACCUUGAAUUAUUUUUGCAAUUUAUUAUUUUAUUAUUGCCCUGAAAAAGCAAUGAGAUUUAUUUACCUCUCUUUUAUUACUCUACCGUUUUAUUUCUUUAAACCUGAUUUACUCAUUUUUUUAAAAAUGUCAUUUUUCCAGCUGGAGAGAUGGCUUAGCUGUUAAGAGCAGUGGCUACUCUUCCAGAGGUCCUGAGUUCAAUUCCCAGUAACCACAUGGUGGCUCACAACCACCCAUGAUGAGAUCUGGUGCCCUCUUCUGGCCUGCAGGCAGACAUACAGGCAGAACACUGUAUACAUAAUAAAUAAAUAUGAAAAAAUACAAUAAAAAUAAUUUUUUUAAAUGUCAUUUUUCCAAAGCACUGACAACUGUAUUGGCAUUGGGUAAAAACUAUGUAAGUAAAAAUUGUUUUGACAUUUAAUUGUUCCCGGUGACUUGGUAUUAAAAUGAAAAGAGAAAUAAAAGUUUGUCUGGAGA